UCUCAGAUGGCUAGACUGAGGCAGAUGAACAUCUGGUUCUAAGUCAUAUGUGCUUGUGAGUGUGGGGACAAUUAGCUGUAGAAGAAACAAAGCACUUCUUUCAAAAGGUGUUGGAGUUUGAAGCUUGCCAAGUGAAAUAGAAAGGAUGACUACAACCAGCCUUGAUGACCCUCAAAGUCCGAGAAACCUAACUGGAUUGGCUGUGAGUUCCCCCCUCUCUCAGAAGUACAGACCCUCAGGGCCAAGCCUAUCAUGUCUACAGGAGUACAACCAGUGGUUACCUAUCCGCCAUGACGCCAGCCUCUUCUCCAUGAAAGAAGAUCUAGCUCUCUGGCUAAACUCCAUCAUGGGGUUAAACCUCACUGCAGAUAGUUUCAUGGAAAAGUUGGACAAUGGCGUUCACCUUUGUCAGCUGGCACAGGUGCUCCAAGAGAAAAUGAUCCUUGACAACAAUGACAAGCCUUUUGUCAAAAGAGUGAUCCACUGGCGAGCUGAUGCUACUUCUGGAUCCUUUUUUGCCCGAGACAAUACUGCUAACUUCCUCUACUGGUGUCAAAAGAUUGGAGUUGAUGAAGCAUACCUUUUUGAGUCUGAGGAUUUGGUUCUCCACAAGCAACCUCGGAAGGUGUGUCUAUGCCUCUUGGAGCUGGGACGGAUUGCAGCCAGGUAUGGAGUGGAGCCGUCAGGGCUGGUGAAGCUGGAAAAAGAGAGAGAAAGAGAGGGGGCUGAGAGCUUAUCUCCGUCAUCUCCUCUCUACUUCUUAUAUCCUACAUCAUUGUACUCACAGCCAACAUCCUCCUUACCCCAAGACCCCUCCCUUCCUCCUUCACCUGCCCCCCUCACUUCGAACACAACCUCUCUGCCUGAACCUCUUUCUGACUGCGUUACCUCUGAUUUUCCAUCAGCCACCACAGACCCUCUACCUACAUGCUUGCCCCCUCCCCAGCCCCCCCUCCCAGUCUCUAACCUUUGUACAAGCACAGCCUCAACACAACCCUCUUUGUUGUCUUCAUCCUGCACCACUGAAACAUCUGCUUCAGCUCUGCUGUCAGCAAACCUAACAGACCAAACCCUGGGAUCCUCUGCUGAAGUCUGCCCUGACACAGAAAACAAACAGACUCCAGCAGCCUGCAAAUCUACCAUCCCCUCCCAACAACCCACACAAACUGCUCGCUCUUCCAACAAGUCCCGAAAACCGAGGAGCAUGAGCACAAGCACUUUGGAUGAUAUGGUGAAGAGCAUUAUUGAAAAUCCUCCCUGCAGCUGUCCCACCAGGUUUCCUGUUGAGAAGCAGCCGAAAGGCUGCUACCGUGUUGGGGAAAAGGUUCUGUAUUUACGGAUGCUGAAUGAGCGUGAUGUUAUGGUUCGAGUUGGCGGUGGGUGGGACGGUUUCAUAAGUUACCUGCAGAAACAUGACCCCUGCAGAGGUGGAGGAAGGGGGACACCAGGCAGGUCUGAGGUCAGGGGCUGCCGUGACAAAGUGAAGUCAGCAGGCCUGAAGAUUUCAACAGAAAACUAUAUGGUGGUUGGUGUCAACCAUCAGGUAAAGAAGUAGAGUCUGAAAGUCCUUCUGGCCUCAGGGUCAGUUAUUUUAAUCAAACUGCUUGAAAACGUUUUACCUCAGUGUUUAUAACAAAAGCCAUCUUUUUUUGUUAACUCUCUGCCAGAGAAAACUAAUUUUCACCAUAUCUGUGAUGCUUGCCACAAUUACAUUGCUUGAAAACGGCUCAUUGAGUUAUUGUUAAAAAUAUAACAGUAAUUUGUCUAUGUGUUUUAUAAGUAAAUGUCAAAUAAUGUAUCUUAAAUAUUUCUUCCACUUUUAUUAAUUUUUACAUCAUUUAACAAAUUAGAUAAAAUUCUCACACUUUGAGAUGGGCAGAACAGUAGCCAUGACACUGGGGUUCUGCGCUUUUAAACCAUGUUUUUUCUCUGACCAGUACUUUAUUAUAAUUUAGGCUCUGUUCACAAUAGCUCACCCAUCCCACAGAGGAUAAUCCCAACAUAUUGAAGAUAUCCAAUAUGUUUUUUACUUGGUAAUGUUAUGGUCGAGCAGUUUAGAUACAUUUUAAUACGCAUCAUAGUGGCCCUUGUUGAAUUCGAAGCCCAUCCAUGGGGCAGCAAAUGUUGUGCAAUUGUAUACAUUUAUCUUUUGUAAUAUUUAAUCAGUUAACUCUCAAAAUAUAAGAAUUUAUUAACCAAAUAAUUCAACUCCAGGUCCAACAUAUUUCAGUCAAAAACUCUUAACUAAGCAAAUGAAAUUCAACUAAGCUCUAUAACUACUAUGUACAGAGAAGGAAAGGCAAUAUAAAUGGUUAAAAAAAACAUUGUCAAUAAAGUGAUAAAAUCACAUUACAGCUCUGCAUUGAUUUCAUUUUUGAAACCAAAGUUAAUCUUUAGGAAUUUCUAAAGAAAUCCAAUUAGCUUUCAGCUAAUUUAGAGCUAAUGGGAUGUGUUCAGACCAAUGUACAAUGGAAAAAUAAAAGAGGUACACAAUA